UUACACAAAGAAUUACAUUCAGGUGAGUUGAAUUCAAAUGUAAAUGUGUGGUCAGUAAUGCUCAUUUGAUCAAGCUAAGAACAUAACAUCUCACGCACUUAAUGUUUGGAAGAAACUGAAAACACUGUUUUAGAUGUUGCAAACCUAUCAUAUUUUCAGAUAUCCCAUAAUCCACCGCCUCACAAGAAUCUAAUCGGUCUUGAGCCGUAUAAGCAGCAGUCAUAGAAAUGUCACGGCUCUGUCUGGCCAUCAAUUUCUUAAAAUGGAUUUGAAAAACAUGCUGGGGGACUGAAUGGGAAGAGAGCUGCUCAUGUAUGAAAUCUGAAUUUAUAAGCAUGACAGGGUGAAGAAUUGGUACUGAAGCAACCCAACCGGAUAUUUACUACCUAAUCUCCUAAGAAAGUUAUUUGGAGUGACGAGGUUGUGAUGCUCGUGUAAAGAUGGGAGACUGGAACUUCCUGGGCGGAAUUCUAGAAGAGGUGCACAUCCACUCCACAAUGGUGGGAAAGAUUUGGCUCACCAUCCUCUUCAUCUUCCGCAUGCUGGUGCUGGGCGUCGCGGCCGAGGACGUCUGGAACGACGAACAGUCGGACUUCAUCUGUAACACAGAGCAGCCCGGCUGCCACAACGUCUGCUACGACCGUGCCUUCCCCAUCUCGCUGAUCCGCUUCUGGGUUCUGCAGGUCAUUUUUGUCUCCUCGCCCUCGCUGGUUUACAUGGGCCAUGCCAUUUACCAGCUGCGUGCCCUGGAAAAGGAGCGUCACUGCAAGAGAGUGGCUCUCAGGAGAGAGCUGGAGACAGUGGAUGCAGAGCAUGUUGAACCUCGCAGGCGCAUUGAGAGAGAACUGCGACAGCUGGAGCAGGGGAAGCUCAACAAAGCCCCUCUCAGGGGCUCACUGCUGCAGACAUACGUGGCGCACAUCGUGACUCGUUCGCUGGUAGAGGUUUGCUUUAUGAUGGGCCAGUACCUGCUUUACGGUCACCACCUAGAGCCAUUAUACAAGUGCAACAGAGAACCGUGCCCCAACGUGGUGGACUGUUUCGUCUCUCGACCCACAGAGAAGAGCGUGUUUAUGGUGUUCAUGCAGGGUAUCGCUGCCGUGUCCUUGUUCCUCAGCCUGCUGGAGAUCCUCCAUCUAGGGUACAAAAAACUGAAAAAGGGAAUUCUGGAUUAUUAUUCCCACCUGACAGAUGACCUGGCUGACUAUUACAGUAACAAGUCCAAGAGGAACUCGGUGGUACAACCGAGCCAUGGACGCAAAGCCACUAUACCAACAGUUCCCAGUGGAUUAACACUCCUGGAGAAACAGGGCAACGGACCCACGUAUCCCCCCCUCAUAAGCCCAUUAUCUGCUUUCCUUCCAAUACAGAGUCACUCUGGACCAUCGGAAGUAAAUAUUCAGCGGGAUAAUAGGAAGAUUGUGCCGAGUCCUAUGGAAAGUAACAGCAAUUGCAACGACACUAGCAGUGAAACUCGCUCUACGCCUGUGCAAAAACCCGCUCACCCAGAGCGGUCCACACCUGUCUCGCAGCACCUGGGAUCCAGAAGCUCAGAUUUCUCCACCCUCUCCAUAACGGAUACGAUUACCUGCCCGGUGGUGGUGCGCAAGACCCGGAGAUUAAGCCCACCCUGGAACUGCAGCACAGUUAUGGAGGGCAACGGUUCAGACACCGGAGACUCCAACAGCGAGAUAACAAACCAGGUGACGAGACCUCGCUGUGGCAAAACUGACCCGAGGAGACCCAGCAGAACACAAACGCCAGACUCUGUGGCGCAACUCGGCUCACCGCACCACAGUUCUGUAGAAAGUCCCACGUUUUCACCCAACCGACGAACAUCAUUAGCAAGCACCAGCAGCGGCAGCAGACGAGCUGCGAAUGACCUGCAGAUAUGACCUUCAGUUUCUGUGUCCAAUCAGAGUCAUUUAAGAGCAUUCUGCUUAGUCUUUUUAAGGAAUUCCAAGACAUCCAAAUGUCUACAGUUUGUGUAACUGGGUUUUUAAUACUAGGCUUCCAUCUUUGCAGUCUAGGUCUUUGCAGCCAUUUUAGAAUGAGGAAUGACGGCUGACAUUACUAACAGACAUAUCUCAGUAUACCAUACGGUGAUGUGUCUAUUGAUCUCUGCUGAACUGUAUGAUUUUAUACUUUCUAGUACACUUGUUGCUCUUUGUUUAGGACCUGGAAUGCCCACUGCUGUCCCACUCUCAUACUUAACUUACUUGUGCUGGACAUGUGGAGGUGUAUCAGGCAUUCGACAAACAAGAUUUUAAAAAUAUAAAUUUACUGAACUUGGUUUUCUUUUUCCGUAUUCCUAAAGAUUCUAAGAAUCCUCUCAAAAAACUCCUAAUUUAGCGUAGGAGUCUUAGCUUGAGAGCGAUUCGGGACUGAUCUGAGAGCAACUCUGAGUAAGGAAAAGACAAAAACUUUUAUCUUACUGAGGAGGUGGGGUUGACCCUGUUGCUACGUGUGACACAAUCUUUUGAAGACUGUGAUUGGUAGGUUGUCCAAGAAGGAAGAAAAAGAGUGCUUUUAAGUACAGGAUCUAUUAUUAGCCAUCAAUUUGAACUUACAGUUAUAAUUUUACCUAUUAUAUAAUUAAUUAUAUCUUUUUUUUUAUGUA